CUGAGCAGGCAGUACCAUGUCAGUGUGACAACUGAUCGGGUGAAUGAUGCAGCCCUAACCACCAGGACCACCACAGAAAGGAGGGGAAAAACAGGCUACACAAGCAACGUCUCUGUAUUGGAUUGUCAGCAUCAGCCAGAGAGAGACAAAGCACUGGCACACAUAAAGGAUCUUAGCAGGCAAGCAGCCCCAUUCAUGCUGUUGGAUAUAUGCAUAAACAGAACAAAAAAAGGACUAUACGUGUAUCUUUUCACAUCCUGGUGUUUCGUACAUUGCAACCAGAACUAAGGAAUGUACAAUAUUCUAUAGAAGACACUAGGAAGGCAAGCUUAGUAGGUCAUCUACCUGAAAGUCACUGCUCAAUUAUGGGAAUUUACAAAUACGCUUCUAAGUGAACUGCUUGAUCAUCUAUGGCUACCUACAAGGGCACUCUACAAGGCAAUAGCUUGAUGUCUAUGAAAAGAACGCAUAGCCACUUGUAAAGCAUGAGCAGACAAUGGAAAAGAAGUGAUUGCCAAUUAGUUUCUGGAACAGAAAAACUAGCUUUUUGUAUGGUUGUUUGUUUGGUAAAUUCACGCAAUGUUUCCGUGAAGUGACCAUUUGUCCAUGAAUAACUGAUAACACAAAGGAAGUGAAAACUAUAUAAUUUUCUCCACUUUCAAUAUUCAAGAGUUGAACAAUGGUGUGGGAAAUGUCCCUCAGACUAAACUUGUUGCUUGGGCUAGCCACUGCUGCACUCGUACACAGUACACAGAAAAAAGUAGACUGUCCUCAGUUAUGUGCAUGUGAAAUCAGGCCCUGGUUUACACCAAGAUCCAUUUAUAUUGAGGCUCUUACGGUGGACUGCAAUGCGUUAGAGCUUUAUGACAUCCCCGCAAAGUUACCUGUAAAUACACAAGUCUUACUUUUACAAUCCAACAACAUUGAAGAAAUAAAGAACACAGACAACUUCCCUGUAAAUCUCACAGGACUGGAUUUAUCACAAAAUAAUUUAUCCACAAUGGUCAAUAUCAAUUUCACCAAUGCACAUCAGAUACUUUCAUUAUACAUGGAAGAAAAUAAGAUUGUUGAACUGACAGACGAAUGUUUUUUUGGACUGAAAAAUUUGCAAGAACUAUAUAUUAAUCAUAAUUUGAUAUCUACAAUUUCACCAAAAGCUUUUGCAGGGGUGGGCAAUCUUCUCAGGCUUCAUCUUAAUUCAAAUGAACUGGAAGUGAUCAAUAGCAAAUGGUUUGAGUUUAUGCCAUAUUUGGAGAUCCUCAUGAUUGGGGAAAAUCCGAUAAUGAAAAUUGAAGAUUGGAACUUUAGGCCACUUAUCAAUCUGCGCAGCCUAGUUUUAGCAGGGAUAAAUAUUACACACAUACCUGAUAAUGCUUUUGAAGGCCUUGAAAAUUUAGAAAGCCUUUCUUUUUAUGACAACAGAUUAAUUGAAGUUCCCGCUGUUGCUCUUCAGAAGGUUCUGAACCUCAAAUUUUUGGAUCUUAAUAAAAAUCCUAUUAGGCUUAUACAAAGAGGGGAUUUUAGCAAUAUGUUACACUUGAAAGAGCUGGGAAUUAAUAACAUGCCUGAACUAGUUUCAAUAGAUAGUCUUGCUAUUGAAAAUCUGCCAGAUCUAAGAAAAAUAGAAGCCACAAAUAACCCUAAGCUGGCAUACAUUCAUCCCAAUGCAUUCUAUAGACUUCCUAAACUGGAGACCCUCAUGCUCAACAGCAACUCUCUGAAUGCUCUCUAUCGGAGUACAGUUGACUCUUUGCCUAACCUUAAGGAAAUAAGCAUUCACAGCAACCCCAUCAGGUGUGACUGUGUUAUUCGCUGGAUCAAUAUGAAUAAAACCAAUAUUCGCUUUAUGGAACCUGAUUCAUUGUUUUGUGUUGAUCCGCCUGAACUUCAAGGACAGAAUGUCCGGCAAAUUCACUUUAGGGAAAUGAUGGAGAUAUGUCUUCCAUUGAUUGCACCACAGAGUUUUCCAUCGGAUAUGGAUUUAAAAACUGGCAAUUCAGUCUCAUUGCACUGCAGAGCAACAGGAGAACCAGAACCAGAAAUCUACUGGAUCACACCAUCAGGUAUCAAACUUCUACCCAACCUUGUCGCUAGUAUUUAUGAUAUCCACUCUGAAGGAACCUUGGAAAUUAAACAUAUAACUGUUUCACAAGCUGGACUUUAUACUUGUGUGGCAAAGAACUUGGUUGGCGCUGAUUUGAAAACUAUUAUGCUCACUGUGGAUGGAUCCUUUCCUGGGGAUGUCAACGGAUCAAUGGAAAUAAAUAUCAAAGAAGUACAAAGUAAUUCUGUCAUGCUUUCCUGGCAAACAGAAUCAAAGAUCCUCAAAUCCAGUGUGCGAUGGACAACUUUCCUGAACACUGAAUUUAGCAGGAUAGCUCACGUCGUUCGGAUGCCAUCGGAUAUCAAACAAUACAAUUUCACACGUCUCAGUCCAUCAACAGAAUACAAAAUUUGUAUAGAUGCACCUAACAUCUUCCAACACAUAGAAAAGCAAUGUAUUAAUGUCACCACAAAAGGGAUUGAAAAAAUGUUGAAGCAAAAUGAAAAUAUCAAUACAACAGCUUUGAUUAUAAUUCUUGGGGGCCUUUUUGGAAUUAUCUCUGUGGCCUUCUUUUUCAACUACACAUCUUUAUACUUGAGACGUGAUUUAGACAGAAAGUGUACUGGGAAUAGUAUACAGACACCAGCAUUUGCUUACAGUGACCUGUAUCUAUUAAGCCUUUGGAAUUCAGACAAAGAAAGCACAGUUCUUGAAGUGAAAUCCACUGUUCUUAAAGUACCAACUAACAUACCGUAAAAACAUCAUGCUGACAGAGCUUAAUUUAUGGAAUACAAACAAGCACAAUAUUCUAGUUGUGCUCCUUUAGCAGGAAGACUGGCAGAAAAUGUUUUUGUUUUGUUUUUUUAACUGUGACAUCACUGUCCUAAAAGAUAACUCUACAUGGGAUCGGUUUAAAAGUAUUUGAGAUAACUGGCUAUAUGUAGUAAUAAUACCAAACAUGGAGAAAAUAAUACGAGAGGAAAAAUGUAUAAAGAGAAAAAAAAAACUUCUUUUGUUGACUACAGUAUGAAGAUAUAGCAUUGUUUUAUGCAUUUGUUUUUUUUGUUGUUUGUUUCUUUUUUUUAAUAAUACAGUAGAUGAACUGAGCAGCAAUACCUCCUCCUGUGACGUAUUACACAUUUUAGCCAAGAGUUUUUGAAGUGAUGAGAUAAACUAGAUUUGACACAUGAUGUUAUAAAAUUGACAUUUCUGUAGAGUAGUAGAGCCAAUAAAUAUGUAAAUCUUUUUUUAUGCAGAAAAAUACAUUUUUGAUUAAAAUAAAAAUUUACUUGUUCAAAGGCUGUUUUUUGAUGAGAAACUGACAUACAAAACACUUGUUAAAAUAAUGGAAAGAUAAUAUGAUAAUUACAUGAAGAAAAUGCAUUUAUCCUUAAUUGUUUUAGCAUUUAGAAAUAAGUCAAAUUAUUGAAGUCAAACCAAUAAAGAAGAUAUUUGAAAUACAUGCAGACUAGAAUCACAAGGGCAUGCAGACUAGAAUCACAAGGAAGUCCAGAUAUGUCUGCUGGUAUUUGCAAGAUACACACGUAUUAACCUCUGAAAGACCAAUCAUUUAGUUUGACACCAAUACAAUAUUACCUUAUGUCAGUUUGCAAUGUUCUACUUGUCUUGCACCAGAAGCUCCAUACACCACUCAUGUUACUAAAUGACUUGGGUAUUCCAUUUUAGAAUAGGAUAUGUAAAGACCAGUCUGUAAUAACAGCAUAAACUACACUGGUCCUU